CACCAAAAUUAUUAACAUCAUUGCUGCAAGUAUAGUAUGCAAAGUUGUUCACAGUGGAUUCAACGAAUAAAAUGGCCGUUGGACCGACGGAGGGUAAACAACCUCAACCUCCACAAGAGAAUUUCUCACCAGCACCUGCCACCGUACCCGUCGUUGUUCCGGCCCAUCAAAUCAUAGCACCCAGCCCCAUCUUGGCCAUACCGACACUUGCCUUUUCUGCUGCCCAAGUUGAGAUCGUCUGUAAAACACUGGAAGAUUCCGGCGAUAUAGAACGUUUGGCCAGAUUUCUCUGGAGUUUACCGGUGGCACUGCCCAAUAUGCAUGAAAUCUUGAAUUGUGAAGCGGUAUUGAGGGCGCGAGCUGUGGUGGCAUAUCAUGUGGGAAAUUUCAGGGAACUUUAUGCAAUAAUUGAAAAUCAUAAAUUUACAAAAGCUUCAUAUGGAAAAUUGCAGGCAAUGUGGCUGGAAGCCCAUUAUAUUGAAGCGGAAAAAUUGCGGGGACGAUCACUGGGUCCCGUAGACAAAUAUCGUGUUAGAAAAAAAUUCCCCCUACCGCCGACCAUCUGGGAUGGUGAACAAAAAACACAUUGUUUUAAAGAACGCACACGAAGUUUACUGCGUGAAUGGUACCUUCAGGAUCCCUAUCCGAAUCCAACGAAAAAACGUGAAUUAGCCAAAGCGACCGGCCUUAAUCCCACCCAGGUGGGGAAUUGGUUUAAAAAUCGUCGUCAGCGUGAUAGAGCGGCGGCAGCAAAAAAUCGAUUACAACACAAUCAAAAUUCCGGUCUCGGCUGUAGACGCCGACCCGAUGGUGCACCCUCACCCACGCCCUCCGAUACCUCUGAUUCGGAUAUAUCGCUGGGUACCCACUCACCCGUACCGGGCAGUUUACAUUUGCAACACAGCCCCGGUUCAACAUCGAAUGGCGCUAACGAUGAAAGCCUCAGCAUCGAUGAUGAUAAACCACGAGAUCUGUCAAAUUCAUUGUCUGGCAGUAAUUUACCUGCAUAUCCCACAGCAACGUUGCCACCCUCAUGUUUGCCUUCGUUUAAGCUGGAUGCAGCUGCCACGAGUCUAUUCAAUGCUGGAUAUUUGCAAAGUUUUGCCAAUUUUAAAGAGAUGACCCAACAAUUCCCCAUACAGCCGAUGGUGAUAAGACCACAUCCACAAUUGCCGCAAGCAUUGGCUGCCAUGAAUGGGGGCAAUCAUUUGCAUCCUAAUUAUGCCUCGGCGGCUUAUGUUGUCGAUUGUACGUCAUCGUCGUCCUCGCCACAAUCAUCAGCGGCGCAUCCACCAAAAAUACGUGUCAAUUCACCGGAAAAACUUAAUUUGACUGCGAAUAGUAUAGCGGCGACACUGACGGCUGCGGUGGCCCAUCAUCCGCAUCUUCAUCAGCAUCAUCACCACCAAACGCAACUGCAGCAGCAGCAGCAACAUCAUCAUCACCAGCAACAGCAGCAACAACAUCAAGCGCACCAACACCCACCUACAAUAACAAUACAAAAUCAACGUGGUAGCAGCAGUAGCCCCAGCAGUGUAUCCUCAGCAACGGCCUCAUCGGCGGCAGCCUCAGCGACCACGGUGGCCACGGCCUCUGCAACAGCGGUAACAACACCCUAUCAUCAUAGCUCGCAAUUUUUGCAUCGCCCAUUUUCCCCAUCGCCCGAUAUUGUUAAGCACAACAAUGCUCCGGAGAUAACAUGAUGAUGUCUAAGUAGCAGAG